AUGGAUUCAGAUCAAGAAGAUGAGGUUCCGAAUGUUAACUUCGUUCCCAGCUUGUUGUUUGUGAAACGUGGAGUUGCUAAAGCAAACCCCGACAAGGUAACAUUAACACCAGCAGAGCUAGCUAGAAUCAUCAAUGAGACUCGGGAAGAUCUGGCAGAGGAAGGCGUUGAUGAAAUGGAUACAACUGACGACGAAGAAAACGAUGACAGUCAAAGAGGACUAUCUGAGCGAGCAUGCAGAUUGGCGGCCACUAACCCUGAUGGCACAAAUGAAGUCGCUGAUGAGUACAAUUUCGAUGCUUACGAGCAAGAAAUCGGAACGAGCGGUUUGCAUUUAAGUACGGUGGCUGUCAUUGAUCCAGAGGAAAACAUCCAGGACGAUGAGGAUUCCGAUGCGGAAGAUGAAAUCAUUAAACCUACGGACAAUCUGAUUCUCGUCGGACACGUGCAGAAUGAUAGUGCUUCGAUGGAAGUAUACAUUUUCAACGAAGAGGAAGGCAGUUUGUACAUCCAUCAUGACUUUUUGCUACCGAGUCCUCCGCUCUGUAUUGAAUGGUUAAGCUUUGAUGCGGGAAGUGAUAAACCGGGUAAUAUGUGCGCGAUCGGAUGCAUGGAGCCGAUCAUUACGGUGUGGGAUUUGGAUAUUCAAGAUUCGCUGGAGCCGGUGUGCAAAUUAGGUGCGAAAGGUAACCGGAAGAAGAACCUUCCAAAGCUAGGUCACACCGAUGCCGUGUUGGAUCUUUCAUGGAAUAAUCAUUUACAACAUAUUUUAGCAAGUGGUUCGGUGGAUCAAACCGUCAUCUUGUGGGAUCUGGAGGAAGGUAUACCGCACACUACCAUCCGUGAUUUCGAGGAGAAGGUGCAAACAUUAGCAUUCCACCCGAAACGUGCCGAAAUGCUUCUGGCAGGAAGUUGUGAUGGUAAGGUAAAGGUGUUUGACUGCCGGUCGACAACCGAUGAAAGCAGUAGCUUCAAAGCGUGGGACCUUGGAGGUGAAAUAGAGCGUGUCUGUUGGGACCACUUUAAUCAGCACUGCUUCGUGGCCAGCACGAACGAUGGUAAGAUACACUACGUCGAUAGCCGCCAGGAGGAACGUCCGCUGUGGUCGAAGGAGGUGCAUGAAAAGGAAGUUACGGGGCUGGUUCUUAGCGCCCAGGUAAAGGGAAUGCUUUCGACUGCCUCGGCUGACGGUUCGCUGAAGGUGUGGGACAUUGAUGAGCAAGACGCACGGAUGGUGUACAAAAAGAAUCCAAAAAUUGGUGUGAUUCAGUGUCUGGAUGCUUGCAACGAAAGUCCCUUCAUGUUGGCGCUGGGUGGAGAUUUAAAAACGAAAAACUUUAGCGUCAUUAACUUGCUGGACAAUGAUGUUGUGUCGAACGUGUUCAAAUCCAGAUACAAUGCAAAAGAGCGGACAAACAACAGCAUUGAACCACCGACGGAAGCAAUGGAAGAUGCAACCAUUGACGAUGAGUAA